CGGUUUCCAGGCAACCGCCGAACGCGGGCGACGGCCGAGAGCCCAGGGUGGACUAGGACUGGGCCCCUCGGCGGGCGCCAAUGAGCACAGGGGCCGCGGGGGAGCUGGACGCGGGCAGGAUGGAGGACGAAGAGGAGGAGAUCACCGCCGCCACGCUGCGGGGCAAGCCCCGGCCGCUGCCCAUCUCGGCGCUGUCCGCCUUCAGCUACAUCCCGCCGCGGCGCCUGGACCCCAAGGAGCACAGCUACUACUACCGCCAGGGCAAGACAGGAAUCAUUUCCCUCUAUGACUGUGUUUUUAAGAAGAACCCGGGUUAUAACCAGAAAUUGCACCGAGAUGACAGAGAACAUGCAAAAAGCCUGGGACUUCAUAUUAACGAGGAGGAGCAGGAGAGGCCAGUGGGACUGCUGACGUCUUCUGUCUACGGGAAGCGCAUACAGCAGCCCGUGGAGCCUCUGAACCGGGACCAUGGCCGCGCCAACCAUGUGAAGGCUGACUUCUACCGGAAGAACGACAUCCCCAGCAUCAAGGCACCUGGCUUUGGGCACAUUUCUCCAGCCUGAUGCCUUCCCUGUGGCCUGAAGGGCCCAUGGGCAAGUGAGGCUGCCUUAUUUCCCCUUUCACAGACAUCUCGGAGCUGGCCUGAUGCUUCUGUGGCACCUUGACAGUGGGAAGGACGGGCCCAGAAGCCGCUUGCCCUCCCACUGCCUUGGUGAAGAAACUGGCCAAACACCUUCAAGACUUAGGAUGAACAUCUAGUGUGAUGGUUUUCACGUGAACUGAUUUCAGAUGAGAUGAUGCUGAAUACUGAUGCAUUGGGAGCACCCAAAUACAAUGAAGACUUUGUUCUCACUUGACAAUGGUUGGGUUGAGUUUGUUCUCACUUGACAGUGGUUGGGUUGAUCUUCCGUCACUGCCUCUGCACGUUUGCAAGACUUUUGGGGGGAGGCACUCAAGGGAGUGGUGAGCAGUUACUUUUCUUAACAGUUAUGGAAACUGCUACUGCCUGAUAUUGUUUGUACCAUGGAGUCGAUUCUGACUCCCAGUGACCCUGUGGACAGCAGGGUGAACCCUGCCCGUCUUUUUGCGCCAUCCUCUCCCCUUCCGGUGCUGUAUCAGACAAUGCUCUGCCCCGUCCAGCACCUCCUGUUAGUACAAACAGCUCUUCCAUUUUCCUUUCUCCUGGAGGAGAGCUCACGAAAUUGCCUUUUGGCACGAUUAAACUCUAGAUACUACAACAUUUUUCCCCCCAGAGGCCUGAGCUGCGAACAGUAGAAUUUUGUGCAAUUGAGCACAAAAGCCCUAGUAAGGAUAGGUGGCCUCGGUGGCCAGCAAUGCUGCUGUCACUCCUCAGGGGAGGAGCCACAGGUCAUGGGAAGAGAUUGGACUUUGGCGCUGAACUGACUUGGGUAAAAUCUGGCUCCUCAUUUUCUGGCUGCAUGUGCAGGUGUAGGCAAAUCAUCUCACCUGUUGAAGCCCACGUUUCCUCAUCUAUUUUUUAUUUUUCCCCGAGGAAGAUUAGCCCUGAGCUAACUGCUGGCAAUCCUCCUCUUUGUGCUGAGGAAGA